GCCUCCAGCGUGUGGGGGGGAAUCUGUCUCUACUCUAGGCCUUUCGAUUUGCGCGGGCAGGCGUGCCCGCCGCGAGGAGGGAGGGAGCUCUCGCGGUAGCCGACGAUGGAGGAACUGGAGCAGGGCCUGUUGAUGCAGCCGUGGGGAUGGCUACAGCUUGCUGAGAACUCCCUCUUGGCCAAGGCUUUUAUCACCAAGCAGGGAUAUGCAUUGCUGGUUUCCGAUCUUCAACAGGUGUGGCAUGAACAGGUGGACACUAGUGUGGUCAGCCAGCGAGCCAAGGAACUGAACAAGCGGCUGACUGCUCCCCCUGCGGCUUUUCUCUGUCAUUUGGAUAACCUGCUUCGCCCAUUGUUGAAGGACACUGCUCACUCUAGUGAAGCUACCUUCUCCUGUGAAUGUGGGGCAGAGGCACUGAUUUUACGGGUGCGGAGUGAGCUGUCUGGUCUCCCCUUCUAUUGGAGUUUCCACUGCAUCCUAGCUAGUCCUUCCCUGGUCUCCCAACAUUUGAUUCGUCCCCUGAUGGGCAUGAGUCUGGCAUUGCAGUGCCAAGUGAAGGAGCUAGCGACAUUGCUUCGUAUGAAAGAUCUAGAGAUCCAGGACUACCAGGAGAGUGGGGCUACACUGAGCCGAGAUCGACUGAAGACGGAGCCAUUUGAGGAAAAUUCCUUCUUGGAACAAUUUAUGGUAGAGAAACUACCAGAGGCAUGCAGCAUCGGUGAUGGAAGACCCUUUGUCCUGGAUCUGCAGAGUCUCUAUGUGGCAGUCACCAAACAAGAGGUCCAAGUGGGACAGAAGCAUCAAGACACUGGAGACCCUCAGACCUCAAGCAGUACCUUCCUGCAAGGAGUCGAUAGCCAGUUUCUUAACCAGCCAGAACAACCGGUCUCCUCAGCACCAGCCCUCUCAGCACUGCAGAAAGAGCCCACAGGUACUUCAGGCCCUACGCAGAGACCUCAGCUGUCAAAGCUCAAGAGGAAGAAGCCAAGGGGGCUCUUCAGUUAACCUGGCAUGGUCUCAGCUGCUGAGGAUGGCCUUGGAGAAUAGCUUCCAAGCUUCUCCUUCAAAGGAGCUUGCAUGACAGAAACAUCUCUAAAACAGGGUUAUACGGUCAGAAUUCACUAUAAGGGCAAGAGAACUGAAGUUCUUGUUGACAGGCCACCUGAAUGAGGACUGUUAACCAAGGGAAGCUUGGCUCAACCCACUGGGCAUUGGCCUUCCCUACUCAAGCGGAAGCCAGUCUCUGAGAAUCUCAUACCCUCCUCUCUUUUGGCGGAGGUUCUCUAGACCCAGGACCCUGCCAUGGACUUUAGGCAGGUCAGCAAAAAGGCACGACAUGCGCAGGAAGCCAUGGCUAUCUUUCUCAAGAGUCUCUAGCCAGUCCCAGAGACUCCUCAGAGACCCACUUCUCUCUUUAGUGUGGAAUAAAAAGCACUCACACCCCCCUG